GUCAGACGCCAGACGGGAGAACAUAUGAAAUACCGCGAGACCGAACGAGAUGACCGCUUCCUCAAAAUGUAAACAGACAAGAGUAGAUGCGCUGUGAGUUAAGUAUAACAAGACAUGUGAGCAGAAACGCCAUCGUAUGAGCUGUGAUGGGUUCUGCUCCGUGGCUGAGAAAAUGGAGACUAAAGAGACCGACGAGGUGGAGAAACUAAAGUCCAAGUUCAUGUCAGCAUGGCACAAUGUGAAAUAUAGUUGGGCUCUUAAGUCAAAAACCGCCUUCAGUCGUAAUUCUCCUGUUUUCUUGUUGGGGAAAUGCUACCACUUCAAGGCUGUGGAUGACGAAAGCCCUACUGAGAGUUAUACUCCUGAUGCAUUAGAUGACGAUAUUGUCACAGGGAAUGUUGAUGGAUUUCGCAAGGACUUCACCUCACGAGUUUGGCUGACCUAUCGAGAAGAGUUUCCUGCUCUUCCUGGCUCCUCCAUCACUUCAGACUGCGGGUGGGGUUGUACACUCCGGGCAGGGCAGAUGAUUUUGGCCCAGGCUCUCUUGCUUCACAUCUUGGGUAGAGACUGGACCUGGACAGAAGCACUGACCUUGGAGCCCCUAGAUACGGAGACAUGGACCAGCAGUGCAGCACGGAGACUAGUGGCCACGUUAGAGGCUUCCAUUCAAGGGGAAAGAGCGCAGGUCACCCAGCCCAUCUGUGCUGCUCAAGGAGGGGCUGAGGAGGCGGAUUCGUACCUGCAAGAGGAAUCUCACCGCACCAUUGUGUCCUGGUUUGGGGAUACACCCUCGGCCCAGCUGGGCGUCCACAGACUAGUGCAGCUAGGAAUGACAUCUGGAAAACGGGCAGGAGAUUGGUACGGGCCAGCAGUGGUGGCACACAUACUCCGAAAAGCUGUUGAUGAAGCAGUAGAUACGAUGCUGAAAGGGAUAAGCGUUUAUGUAGCGCAGGACUGCACCGUGUACAGUGCUGAUGUUAUCGAUAGCCAUUCAAAGCAGACAGGCAGCCACGGUGAUCCUCAGGGACUCAAUCCUGGAGCUGCCCCUGAUAGUAGAGCUGUGAUCAUCCUCAUUCCUGUGAGACUCGGUGGAGAGAAAAUCAACCUGGAAUACUUGAGCUUUGUCAAGAGCAUACUAAGCUUAGAGUACUGUAUCGGCAUCAUUGGCGGAAAGCCUAAACAGGCCUACUAUUUUGUGGAUUUCAAGGAUGACAGCUUGAUUUACAUGGAUCCUCAUUACUGUCAGUCUUUUGUGGAUGUCAGCACAAGCGAUUUCCCUCUGCAGUCUUUUCAUUGCCCAUCACCAAAGAAAAUGCCUUUCAGUAAAAUGGACCCAAGCUGCACAGUUGGAUUCUACUCAAAAAAUGUUGAACACUAUGAAAGAAUCAGCAACGAGCUGUCAAAGAUAUUGCAGCCUUCGUCAAAAGAGAAGUACCCUGCGUUCACCUUUAUGAAGGGACACGGGAAGGAUUAUGAACUUUCGGUUGCUGUAGAAAAGCGAGAAUGGCCUUUCAUCAGGGACACAAGGAAAGCAGGGUCAACAUCGGGAGACUUUGUGCUGCUCUGACUCCUCAAGACAGUAACCCAAAACCAAGUGGAGACUGGAUCGGUCUGUAUUUACACUGUGAGUCUGAACUAUACGACCCUGUGCUACACUGUUCUCGUGCCAUUUCACAAAAAUUAUUUAAAAAAAAAGAGCAAGUAGUGCAUGCGUUAGCUUCACGGAGUUGACCGAAUGAUUGCUUCACGCAUAUGGCCCUGACCACCCACAUUUGAUUUCAACCUAAACCUGCAAACAUUUCAGUAAAUACAGUGAACAUGUGUGGUCAAUACAUGUAUAUUUUUAACAAGAAAAGUUGUCAUUGAAUCAUGUGGGUACGUGUAGAUAGUAUUUUUUUUUUUUUUUUUUUUUUUAACUGAAUCAAAACGCCUAUAUAGUCUACUUUUUGAAGUUUAUAAAUGAUUUAACUUCACAGAGCUUACGUUUUUUUAUGGUGGCAUGUUUUAUGUUAUGUUAACUGGAAGGAUAAUGUGCCUUCGCAAGUGAAAACACUGUAUCACAUAUAAACACAGAUCCUAAAUAACUAUAUUUAAAAAGCCCUUUUUGCCACCUGCUUUUUAUGAAAUAAUAGCACACUGAUAUACACAGAAACUGUGUUUAAUAUACGAUUAAGUACAGUGAUGUUAACAACAAAUAUGUGGAAGGAUCAGUCCUUCCCUGGUAACUCAGUGUGUUACUUUUAAAGAAAACCCGAAUGAAUCAAGGAGCAAUUUAUCGUUAAAUUAUGCCUUAUUUAUAAAACUUUUUUUCUUGGUGAUAUAUCAUUUUAACACAAUUUUCAACAUGAUGAUGUUACACUGUUAUGAUUAACUUUUAUUUUUAUUAGAAAUACCUAUGAAACCAAAGCACUCUGCAUUGAACAGAACCAACACUAGCUCUAACACAGUGUCACACAUUGUAUUUAACCAGCGUGAUUGCGUUUUCUGUUAUUUAUGCAAAACGUAUUAAUUCCAACCAUUCGUCAAUUUGAAGGGUUUUGUAAUUCACCAGAGCAUAUUGUAAUAUCAUACCUUAAUUGCCAAAAAUCACAACAAGCAUUUCAGUUUUAUAACUGCUGAUUUGUACAAUUGUACAAUAAAUCUAAAUCUAAAUCUAAUAUGGUUU